UCGCCGAUCGGCCACUAGAUCAUGGUUUGGCGUCUAUUGCUGCGGUUUCACCCUCGAUUUCAGGUACCCUGGGACGAGAUCUCAUCGCUUCUUCCACAAUUUUCUUUUCUUUUCAUUCCCUUGUCUUUUUUUCCGGCUGCGCAGUCGCGCAGUGGCAUAAUGCGGGCGAGUGAAGAAGGGUCUCGUCUUAGGCAGCCAGGCUGCAUUCAUAGUGUUUCCGGAUGCCUCUUUUAUGUUGGUGUGUCCAGUGUACGUGAUAUCGCAAGACUCUUCCAUUCCCUUGACGAUCUCUGUCAAGGUGGAGAACAGAAGUAUCUCAACCUAAGUGUACACAACAUCACAGUGGAGUCAGUUCGGCUGUAUUCGCACGCAGUCACCUAUUUCCAUCACUUUAAAGCGCUCAUUCAAGUCCGGCUUAUCUUAUAUCCAGUCCACGGGGUGUUAAGCUUGACAAUGAGGUCGGCCUGUAUUUCUGUUUCCUGGUGCCAGGCGUAUCUGCAAGCGACACUUAAGGAUUGGGGAACCGUAACAAUGUGGAGGAGGGUGCAACUUGAAUGCCAAUAUGAUGGAUUAAGGGACGGUCCGUGUCUAAGAUAAUGGAGGCAUUCCGAUAUGGGACAUCUUAAGGUGGGCUUUCAUUUCGGAAUUUCAUAAAUAGAAAGGUAGCCGGACCAUGAAACCACACGUGGGCUCUCAAAAGCUUGCAACAAAGCUAUGCCUUUGCGACACUAAGUUCUCUUUUGUU